AGGUCAGAUUGCGAGGCGGCCAGCCACAUAAAACGGGGUGUGGAGGGUGCCCCAGCAUCUGCCCCACCAUGACCUCCUGGGCCCUCCUGCUCCUUGCCUCAGUGCUCCUGGCCACCCCGGGGCUGACCUUUUGUGGUCUUUCCCCUGAGGACCAUGACCUGGACAUGGCUGACAGGUGUCAGGAUGAGAAGUUCUUCCGGAUGCUGGCCCAGGAGACCCCCCAGGAAGACCGUCCCUUCACCCUAUGCGGUAUCUGUAUGUGUAUUGUCAGCUGGGUGAAGAAUUGCCUGGGCUUCAACCUGAUUCAGAAAGUCAUUGAAAAAGUUGCAGGCCUCUUGUGUUCAGCAUGCCCAUUGGUGGAAAACAUCUGCAAAGCAUGGAUCACCAGUUUUCUUGAUAAAAUCACCUCUACACUGCUGCAUAUGGAACCUUCCAGGCACAUCUGUGUGUUUCUCGGGAUGUGCUGCCCUUAUUAGGUCUCUGAGCCUCUGGGGUCUCUGACGCCACCCUGGGGAGAAGCACAGAGUCUCCCACAACCACCACCUGCUUCUGCCCUCCCAGAUCCAGAGCCGACCCUCCAGUGUCUC